CCGAUGCCCCGAUUGCUCGCAGAGCUGCCAGCUGACCAUGCCACAGCCGCGCGCCGCUGCCUCCGUGCUGCCGCCGCUACUGCUGCUUCUGCUGGCGGUGCCAACGCCGCCCCCGGCCGGCGCCCGGCCGUCCCCGGGCCCGGAGUACCUGCGGCGGGGCUGGCUGCGGCUGCUGGCGGAGGGCGAGGGCUGCGCGCCCUGCCGGCCCGAGGAGUGCGCCGCGCCCCGGGGCUGCCUGGCCGGCCGGGUGCGCGACGCGUGCGGCUGCUGCUGGGAAUGCGCCAACCUCGAGGGCCAGCUGUGCGACCUGGACCCCAGCGCCCACUUCUACGGGCGCUGUGGCGAGCAGCUGGAGUGCCGGCUGGACGCCGGCGGGGACCUGAGCCGCGGAGAGGUGCCCGAGCCGCUGUGCGCCUGCCGCUCCCAGCGCCCGCUCUGCGGCUCCGACGGCCGCACCUACGCGCAGAUCUGCCGCUUGCAGGAGGCGGCCCGCGCUCGGCCCGACGCCAACCUCACGGUGGCGCAUCCCGGGCCCUGUGAAUCCGAGCCCCAGAUCCUGUCACCUCCCUAUGACAUUUGGAAUAUGACCGGGCAGGAUGUGAUGUUCGGCUGUGAAGUGUUUGCCUAUCCCAUGGCCACCAUCGAGUGGAGAAAGGACGGCUUGGACAUCCCACUGCCUGGGGAUGACCCCCACGUCUCUGUGCAGUUUAGGGGGGGCCCUCAGAGGUUUGAGGUGACCGGAUGGCUUCAGAUCCAGGCUGUGCGGCCCAUUGAUGAGGGCACCUAUCGUUGUCUUGCUCGAAAUACCCUGGGCCAGAUUGAGGCUUCUGCCAGCCUGACAGUGCUCACCCCAGACCAGCUGAACUCCACAAGUCUUCCCCAGAGGCUCCAUCCACACCUGUUUCCUGAGGAGGCAGCAGAGAGUGAAGAAGGCGAGGACUACUACUAGGUGUCUUGCAGAAACUGAGCAGACCAGUGGCUUGAAUGCCACAGCUACUGUAGGUGCUAGGCUGGUAGAGACUGGAGGAGCUGCAGAGGGAAUUCCUCAUUUCUCUGUUUGCCCUGAGUACAAUCCCCACUCAGCUAGCCCUCCAACUGCCUUCCCCAGAGCUCCUGAAAAAUCCC